CAUGGUCACAGCCAGGUUUGAGUGUUCUCAGCAGCGUGUAGGGAUUCAGAAUGGGUUCCUUCGCCCGCUUGUGUUUGCCAAUCAUCGCAGCUGCUGUCUGCGUCACGGCCUCCUCCUACACCUCCAGCAGCGUGUCAUGCGACGAUGGCGAGGAUUACAUCCCGGACAGCGAGGACUGCACAAGGUUCUGGCGAUGUGCUAACGGCAAGCCGUACUCCUUCACUUGUCCCGCAGGGCUUCGUUUUAACGUGGAUAUCAGCGUUUGCGAUUGGCCAGAUAACGUCAGAUGUGGCGCCACCUACACCGAAGACGGAUCUGAAGAGGACUCGGACGAUGAUGAAGAACACGAUGAAGAUAACUCAGAUGAAGAGGAAGAAACCACUUACCCGUACCAGCCUGGCCCCAAGUAUUAUGACAGAAAAUACUACACAGAAAAUCCGAAUUAUUUCAAGCCGACGGCGGCCCCCGUGUACAGACCCAUACCCACCAGACGACCAGUGUACAAGCCUGUGUAUAUUUCUAAGCCCCAAACCGGGUACAACAGCGGGUACAUCAAUGCGGCCAGACUCGCUAUGUCAAGAGCAGUGAGAAUGGCAAUGGGUACAACAACAACAACAACUACGGCGGCGACCGACACACAGGUACGUAUGGAGGCGGCAACUACAAGAACAGCAACUACAACAGUAACUACAACAGCAACAAGAAUUUUAACAACAAUGAAAACUACAACUCCAAUAUAAACUACCAAAAUGGUGGAGGUGCAUACAAUGGAUACGAGAAUAAAGAAGUCUACGAGAAACCCGUGUACAGCAAGCCAGACUUUAUUGGCAACUUCAACAAAAAUUACAACAACUACCAGCCUCCUGCUUAUCCACAGUUUGUGCAAGGGAAUUCCCCCUGGCAGCAACAGCAGCAACCGUACCCGCUUCCCGUGAACAACCUUUUCCCGGUUUCCGGUAAACAGCCACUUCCAUGGGUUCCUCCAUUGCCAGCACAGCCUCUGCCACCUGCUCCAGGUAUUGGUGGACAUCUACCUUUAGAAUCUGACACGGAGGUUGGGAAGAUUCCUGUCCUUCCAAAGCAUUUCGAAAACCAACAUUUGCUCCCACCGUAUCCUGUUGGAGGACCUUUGGUCCCACCACAUCCUGUCGGAGGACCUUUUGGUCAGCCGCUACCGCUAGGGAAACCUUUGCCUUUUGGCCCUCCAUUCCCUAUCGGCAAGCCCGUCUUUGGGGAACAGCUCUUUCCUGGCACGCCUGACCACCCGAUUGCGAUCAAGGCUGUCAACAGUCAGCCCAUCCUGACCCACCCGCUGCCGAUCGGCAGUCCUCAGCUGGGAUGUCUAGUCUGGGUCAGGCCUUCAUCCCGGUGAUCCAGAAGGACCCGCAGUUGGCCAAGUUGUACCAGCAAUGGAACCCCGUGGGACCCAAAGGGUUGCCGGUGUCAGUAGACGAUUACAACCUGCACCCACUUCCCGUCAUCAACCAGAGCCCCAUGAUGAACAUGCACAUGAACCACGGAGUGGGGCCGGUCGUGCAUGGCCCCACCUUCUUCCAGCCCCAUCACGACCCCUUCCACCAUGCCGGCAGCUCCGGAAACCUGCUGGUGGUGGAGCCUUCCAUGCAUGGAGGUGGCAGCCUUAGCAAGAUACUUCUCCCUGUCAGGCUUGUUAUGACAACAGCAGCGACAACCACAACCACCACUGCUACAACACCAACCACUACUACUACCACUACGACACCCACCACGGCCACCACCACACCAACAA